CUCCUCUCCUGCACCUCGCGAUCGAGAGAUAUCGCCGAUCACUUCCUCGCUUCCUUCCUUCUCCUCCGCCGAUCGAACGUGUUCUUCCGUGUCCGCGGCAAUGGAGAGCGUGGAGGGAAACGGCGCCGGCCGCGGGAACCUGCAGCUUGUGGUGUCGGAGCUGUGCCGCGUCCAGGAGCUGGUGCGGCAGCUGGAGCUGCACCUACACGCGCCGGACGCCUCCAUCGACCUGUGCCGCGCCCUCACCGCCGAGAUCUUCGCGCUCACCGACCGGUCCAUCGGCUUCGUCGCCGCCGCACAUUUCCCCGACGCCCCGACGACGCCCUCCAGCACGUCCAGCUCCCUCAGCGGCGUCUCCGACCAGCCCUUCAGGACCAACACCAAGAAGAGGAAGGCGACGACGAGGUGGACGAGCCAGGUGAGGGUGAGUGCGGCCGGCGGCGCGGAGUGGCCCGGCGACGACGGCCACAGCUGGAGGAAGUACGGGCAGAAGGACAUCCUCGGCGCCAGGCACCCGAGGGCCUACUACCGCUGCACCCACCGCAACUCGCAGGGCUGCCCCGCCACCAAGCAGGUGCAGCGCGCCGACCAGGACCCCGCGCUCUUCGACAUCGUCUACCACGGCCAGCACACCUGCAGGCCAGGCGGCGGCGGCGGCGGGAGGAGGCCGCCGACGAACCACCACAACCCGCACGCGGAGAGCCUGCUGCAGAGCCUCAGAGCCGGCCUGACCGUGGACGCGGACCACGGCGCCCUGAACAACACCUCAGUCUCACCGCCGUCGAUGGCCUCGCCUGUGGAGUCCGGCUCCAACGGUGGCCUGACCAUGUCACCGUACCCGGUGCCGGCCGGCGCGUACACGGAGUGGCCGCUGGACGGCGACCUCCAGGAGGUGGUGUCGGCGCUCACAGCCGUGUCGGCCCCGAGCAUGGACUGCCUUUUCGAGUUCGACCCGACCUUCGGCCUUGGUGCGCCCAACUUCUUCAUGUGAGGACGACGAACAGAGCAUCGAAGUGGAAUUAUAUGACACUACCCAGCCCCUGCCUGUCCUUGGUAAGAGGGUAGAAGAACAGAGCAUCAAAGUGCAGAUUUAGGCACUAGGCAGAAAGCCUUAGGAUAUCUGAAUAGUUAUUUCUUUUCUUCUACUACAGUUUUGAUUGGUUAGGUUCUGUUGAUUUAUUUUGUAAGGAAAGCAGAAAAAAAUAAGGUGUUGAAAUUCAUCUUCUCCUGAA